AUGCUCCCGGCAUCCUCGUCCAACUCGUCCCAGUCCUCCUUCGACAGCCCCAUCAGCCAGUUUCCUCCCCAGCAACAUGCCUGGUACCCGACCAUCGUGCCCCGGCGCAGAGAGGUCCCCAAGUAUCCUCGCUUCUACUCAACGCCUCUGAACCAGGACCUCCCAGAGAGCACGCCGCUGCAGAUCUACGGCCUCGAGGAGCGCGAGCCCUCCAUCGCUGAGCGUCCCCGUCGCCUGGUUCGCUUCUCGCGCGCCCUCGACGACAUCAAGGAAGACUUUUCCACGCCCCUGCCCAACCCCCGCAACACCGCCGACGCCAUCCGCGCCCGCCGCCAGUCGACCUUCUCGUCCUUUUUCUUCGACAACAACUCGAAUCCGACGCUGGGCGUGAGCCGGACCUCGACUUCGGCUUCGGCUUCGGCGUUCAACUCUAGCGCCAGCUCCGAGAGGUCGUUCCCGCCGCCGCCGCCAAUCCCGGCCGACGAUGAGGCCUCGAAUAAGCCGCUGCGGAGGCUGAGUCGCCGGCUCUCGUCGCUCAGCUUCUCCCAGCGCAGGAACAAAUACCGCGGCGGGAAUGCCAGCAUUUCCCAGCCAAACCUGAUCGGCUCCAGCAAUUUUUGA